AUGGUGGAGUCUUUAUCGUGGGAUAGUCUUGAUUAUCCACUACAGCCAUGGAUUCAGACUGCUAUAGAGGUAAUGGGCUUCCAAGCCAUGACCGCAGUUCAGGCCUCAACUAUACCGCUGUUCGCGAGAAAUAAGGAUGUUGUCGUUGAAUCAGUAACAGGGUCUGGUAAGACAAUCGCUUUUGUUAUCCCACUUCUGGAGAAAAUUAUCUCUGAAGGAGCUAAUUCUGCCAGCUUCAAGAAAGGCCAUUUCCACUCACUUGUCAUUACACCGACUCGAGAAUUGUCGAACCAAAUACAGUCGGUUAUCAACUCGUUUUUAGCGCAUUAUCCUGAUGAUAUGCCCCCAGUGAAGUCUCAACUUCUUAUUGGUACAGCCCAAAAGACAGUGAGAGAUAAUGUCGCAGAUUUUCUUCGGGAUAGACCACAGCUUCUAGUUGGGACUCCAGGCAGGGUGUUGGAGUUUCUGCAAGCACCGGCGGUCAAGACCUCAUCAUGUAGUAUGGUUGUUUUGGAUGAAGCUGACAGACUACUGGAUGCUGAUUUCUUCAAGGACACAGAGAGUAUCCUCAGGACUCUACCCAAGCAAAGAAGGACCGGCUUAUUCUCAGCUACUAUAAGUGAAGCGGGCCAACAAAUUUUCAAGACAGGCCUUCGAAACCCUGUUAAGGUUUCUGUUAAUUCUGAAAGAAGAGGUCCGACUUCCCUUGGACUGUAUUAUACGGUUGUGCGUCCUGAGCAGAAGUUGCAAAACCUUAUAAGCAUUUUCAACCAUUACAAAUUUAGGAAAUGCCUAGUGUAUUUUCCGACGUGCAUGUCAGUGACACUUUUUUACUCAUUUCUUCAGUAUUUGCAGAAAGAGAAAAAGGUUGUAGAGCAGGAUUUGCAAAUCUUCUCUUUGUAUGGUAAAUUGCAAACGGCUUCAAGAACAAAGACUUUAGAUACUUUCACUGAGACUCCAAGCCAAGCGGUUCUUUUAACCACAGACGUGGCAGCUAGGGGUAUUGACAUUCAAGACGUUGAUCUGGUUAUACAACUUGACCCUCCAACAGAUACUAGCGUAUUUUUGCACAGAGCUGGAAGGACAGGCAGAGCGAAUCGAACUGGAAAGGCGGUAACAUUUUUGAACGAAGGCAGAGAGGAAGACUUUAUUCCAUUCCUGAAGGUCAAAGACAUCCAUCUGAAGAGCAUUGAAAUAAAGUCAGAAGAUUUUUCUCUUGAGGGUGAUUUCUACGAUGUGUUCAAAGGCUGGAUUCUCGAGGACAGAGCCAGAUUUGAUCUCAGCGUCAGAUCUUACGUAGCGUUCAUCAGGUAUUACUCGAAUCACUCGGCUAGCUCAAUAUUCAGAUUGCAGUCACUUGACUAUGUGGGUGUUGCUAGGAUGUACGGCCUCUUUCGUUUACCGCGCAUGCCUGAAAUAACAAGAUAUUUCCAAGAUGUCGACAUUAAAGACGGGUGGAUUGUUCAACCGCCAAUAGAUAUGGACCGUUACGCAUACAAGGACAAGAAGCGCGAAAGAGCGAGACUGGAGGAGUUGAAGAAUAUAGAGAAGAUCAAUGAUAAGAAAAAAUUGAAAUUCGAGCUUAAGAAAAAGAACAUGGCCUGGUCGAACAAGAGCCAGAGCAAGGAAGCAAAGGCAGAAAGAAAAGCCAAUAUGACCCUGAAGCGAAAAGCGAUUGAGGAACAAAUAGCCCGAGAAGAAGAGAGAGAAAACAGCGAACUCUCUAAAGAUUGGAAGGAUGAAGUGUUAAGCAGAAAGAGAAAACAAAUGAAGAGCACAAAUGAGCUGCAAGGAAGCUUUGAUGACCUAUAA